CUGUAUGGCGUAGGGGAAGCACCUCCCUCCCCCUGUUUGGAUGGGGCGGCGGACGGAGUUGCAGUCGGGACACCCUUAACUUUUUGUGUUUUAUGUCCGAGACGCACCACAUACUUGUCCGUCGCCGUGCCCUGCGUGGACGGUGACUUUUCCUUUCGGAUUCUGCGGCCCCGUCUCCGUGCGUCCCCCGAAUCAUGGCUCCGUUUGGGAAGAACUUCCUGAAAGCUCGACUGAAAAACAGGACAAAAGAUGCCGAGCCCGUGACAGGAAAGGAGAUUCAGGUUACUGUCUGCAAUGAGGAAAAGGUUGUCUGUGGAGUAACAAAGCACACAACUUGUGCAGAUCUGAUUCAGGCGUUACUGGAGGAUCACAAGUCAAUCCCAGAGAGCAAGUGGCUCCUGCAGGGGGAACCCAAAGACUUCUGUCUCGUCGAACAUUGGAAGGGCUUUGAGAGAGCGUUGCCUCCUCUCACCAGAAUCCUGAGGCUCUGGUAUGCUUGGGGCGACCAGAGACCCUUCAUCAAGUUUAUUCUGGUCAAAGCCAGCGAUUUUGUGCCUCAGCCCGUCAAGAAGGCUGUAAAGUCCAAGGGGGCCAAGGCCAAGCGGUGGGAGCAGGGUCGUGGGCAGUACCCCCAGCCUCUGCCAGUGGAGAAGCAAAAGCGCAUGGUGAAGAAGGCUUUCAGGAAGCUGGAAAAGCUUCACAAUGAAAGCAAGACCUCCCCGGGCGCCGAGGAGAUUGAGCGAAUGGUGCAGCUCAUUCUCAACCAGGACCACGCCAUCCGGGAUCAGAUCCAACACAUGAGGGAGCUGGAUUUGGAGAUUGAGCAGUUCGAACUACUGGCACAGAGAGAAGCGGAGUGUGAGAGUGCACUGGCUCAGGCUUGCGGUCAGAGUUCGGAGGUGCACACUGAGGAGCAGCUGCAGGAGUACCUGUACACCAGCGAUGGAGUUGAACAGCUUGACCUGCAGGUCCAGAGACACCAGGAGCUCAUCCUUCAGCUGUCCCGGGAUAUAGACUCUGAGCUCAGGAGGGCUACCUUCCCGCUAGACCAAGACGAGGAGGGUGAGCAGGAAGGAGCAGCAGCUGCUUCCUGGAUUGCCUCCGAGUCGGACAAAUCGUUCUACACUGCCGAAGUCGAGAGGCUGCGGGAUGAACUGAAUUGCAGCCUCUUCGCCGGUGUGUCCCUUCACAACCAAGCUGCAGAAAUAGACAAGCAGCUGAAGUACUUUGACACUACGCUGGUCUCCAAGGACCAGGAGUGCUGGCAGCUGGCCGCCCAGCUGAGCUCACUGCAGAUCGGGGACGGCACAGAGGAAAAGUCCAGUCCUCCCCCACUGAAAAGUGACACUCAGUGCAGCGUCUCUCAGACGGUGAAACUCAAACACAGCCUGUCCCCUCUAGACAUUACAGACACAGACUCAGACACCGGGAUUAGCUCCACACACAGUCAGGACUCGCUGUCACCGUGUCUCGACUUCCCUCCCCCGCUGGAUACAGACGUUUGAACAACCCAGCUGACCCCGCAUGCUCUGUACGCAAUAGGCCCAGUCUGUGCCUCUCAGGUGUUAACAUUACAUUUGAGCAUCUCUUUGUCAGAUCAAUCCCCUGGUGACCGUUCAUGAACCCAGAAGGUUAUUCAACAGGAGCUGAACCAAGCAGACGAUUCGUUUUCCGUAACCAUUUUAAUAAUCGAUUAGCCAUUUCAGUCAUUUUCCAAGUAAAUUUGAAAUAUUCUUGGUUUCAGCUUGUGCUGCUAUUUUUUGUCAUAUACUACGAGUCACUUAAUUUUUUGGAUUGUUUUUUCCCCACAAACAAUUCUGUGGACACAUGGUAUUUUAUAGUAAAAAAAAUGGUGGUAUCCAAAAUUUGCUAGUUUUACUUGUUUAACCUGUAUCCACAUAAAUAUUAUUUUUUUAUACAUCAUUUACACACGACACAUCACUUUGGCAUUUUGGGAUAUGAGUCACAACAUUGGAAACAUUGAUCAGUGAGCAGAGAGUUAUCCAAGGUUUGAGUUUUGGCUUUCAGAAAACUUUCUGCCACAAGUCGUAUUUAAAUGGCAUUCUGUGUUUUUGCAAGGCACAUGGAUUCUCAGGACUGAGGCUCAGAUGUAAUGAAAAUACAUGGAAGGCACAAACUGGAGCUACUGCAUGUGUGAACCAACUACUGUCUAUCACCGUUUAUUGACCUUGAUUUGUCUACUCUUAUUUGUAAAAAACCCCGAAAACAUAGAAGUAAAGACGUUUUUACCUAUGACAGACAUGUUUCAUGUAUGCCAGGCUUAGUUACUUAAAAUGCAUGUUAAUUCCCCCGACUAAAGUUCAAGAUUUUUCUGAAGCUGCACUUCUUUGUACACACUAAUUCGUCUAUUAACACUGUUUUAUAUUAAAACAAAUAGCUAAAUGGUUUGGAUGUAGAAUAUGUUAAAAUGUAUAAUUGAUUACACUGUAAAUACGCUGCUGCCUCUGCUGUAAAGGACCAAAUUUGAAAAGUCAAUUUGAUAAAGGAACUGAGACAAUAUUUAUUUAUCAUGUAAUUGUAUUUUGCAGCUGAUUGUUUCCCCUCUCAGGCAACAAUCUCCGAGCAAUCUCAGUCGGACCGAACCCGUUCAGCUCUGAAAUAUUAAUAAUGCGUUAUAUGAUUAAUAUUAUUUGCACAAAUAUAUGGUCUACAGUACAUAUCUGUAAACAUGCCUUAAAAAAAAACCCACAGGCUAUGAUAAAGUGAAUUGUGUAUUUCAACUUUCAAAAUAAACACUAAUACUGUCAAUGUCUUUGAAAA